CUUCUCUGCCCUUCCCUUCUCUUCUCUUCCCUGCCCUCACAGGGCCCCUCCACACCACACCCAUGGCCUGCUACGACCUCUGCCGCCCCUGCGCACCCACCCCGCUGGCCAACAGCUGCAACCAGCCCUGUGUCACCCAGUGCCAGGACUCCACCGUCCUCAUCCAGCCCUCCCCCGUGCGUGUCACCCUGCCAGGGCCCAUCAUGACCUCCUUCCCCCAGAGCUCCGCCGUCGGAUCCAGCGCAGGGGCUGCCCUGGGCACGGAGCUCAAUGCCCAGGGACAGCCCAUCUCCGGCGCCUUUGGGGCCUUUGGCUACGGCCUCGGCUCUGCCCAUGCCUUUGGCUACGGCCUGGGAGGCCUGGGCUGCUACGGCACCAGGGGCUGCUCCACCUGCUGAGCCCCCAAACAACUGCCCCAACAUCAACCACCCACCACCUGCAAUCCUCCACCUG